GUUUCCGCACGGCACAAUUUCGCAGCACACUCGUUGCAGAAAGAAGCCGCGGAUUUGAUUUCACGCAGCUAGCCAGCUAGCCAGCUAGCCCUGCUGCUCUGUGCAGAGUUUCACACACUGUCUUUAUUACUGUCUCCUAUAAUGACACAUUUGUGAUAGUCAGAGCGAUACUUCUUUAAAACAUUCAUCAGAAUGAAUCUCGACAGACUUCGAAAGCGAGUCCGGCAGUACAUCGAUCAGCAACAGUAUCAGAGUGCUCUGUUCUGGGCCGACAAGAUAGCGUCCCUGUCUCGCGAGGAUCCCCAGGAUAUCUACUGGCUAGCUCAGUGCCUUUACUUGACCUCACAGUACCACAGAGCCUCCCAUGCCAUCCGUUCACGAAAACUUGACAAGUUGUACGGAGCUUGUCAGUAUCUUGCUGCUAGGUGCCAUUAUGCUGCCAAAGAGUUCCAGCAGGCCUUGGAUAUCCUGGACUCAGAGGAGACAGCUAGUAAAAGGCUGCUGGACAGGAGUGUGAAAGAGGACGUUGCCACAACACCAGAGUCAACCAAGGAUUGGGACAUGUCCCCUGCCUCUAUCAACAGCUCCAUCUGCCUCCUGCGGGGUAAGAUCUAUGACGCCAUGGACAACAGGCCGCUGGCCACCUCCAGCUACAAAGAGGCCUUGAAACUGGACGUGUACUGCUUUGAAGCCUUUGACCUUUUAACGUCCCACCACAUGUUGACUGCGCAGGAAGAGAAAGACUUCCUUGACUCACUUCCUCUGGGUCAACAAUGCACUGAGGAAGAGGAGGAGCUGCUACACUUCCUAUUUGAGAAUAAGUUGAAGAAGUAUAACAAGCCCAGUGAUUUGGUGGUGCCAGAGAUGGUCAACGGUCUUCAGGACAACUUGGAUGUAGUGGUGUCUCUUGCUGAGAGGCAUUAUUAUAACUGUGAUUUCAAGAUGUGCUACAAACUCACGUCAAUGGUGAUGGUUAAAGACCCCUUUCAUGCCAACUGUUUACCCGUCCACAUAGGAACUCUGGUGGAGCUUGGAAAAGCAAAUGAGUUGUUUUACCUCUCACACAAACUUGUAGACUUGUAUCCCAACAACCCAGUAUCGUGGUUUGCUGUCGGAUGCUACUAUCUCAUGGUUGGCCAUAAAAACGAACAUGCUCGGCGGUACCUCAGCAAAGCCACAACACUGGAGAGGACAUAUGGUCCUGCAUGGAUUGCCUAUGGCCAUUCAUUUGCAGUGGAGAGUGAGCACGACCAAGCCAUGGCUGCCUACUUCACUGCUGCCCAGCUGAUGAAAGGGUGUCACUUACCCAUGCUUUACAUCGGCCUGGAGUACGGUCUGACCAACAACUCCAAGCUGGCAGAGCGUUUCUUCAGCCAGGCUCUUAGUAUCGCUCCAGAGGACCCAUUCGUCAUACACGAGGUGGCGGUGGUCGCCUUUCAAAAUGGAGACUGGAAGACAGCAGAGAGGUUGUUUCUUGAUGCAAUGGAGAAGAUCAAAGCCAUAGGGAAUGAGGUCACUGUGGACAAAUGGGAGCCUUUGUUAAACAACUUGGGUCACGUCUGUCGGAAAUUGAAAAAGUAUGACCAGGCUCUGGAGUACCACCGUCAGGCGCUGGUGUUAAUCCCUCAGCACGCCUCCACCUACGCUGCCAUAGGUUAUGUGCACAGCCUCAUGGGCGACUUCGAGAGUGCUAUCGACUACUUUCACACGGCACUCGGACUGAAAAGGGACGACACGUUCUCUGUGACGAUGCUUGGCCACUGCAUUGAGAUGUACAUUGGUGACACAGAUGCCUACAUAGGCACGGACAUCAAUGACAAGGUGCGAGGCAGCUUGAACACUCCGGCGCUGAUGAAGAUGCUGAACACAUCGGAGGCUGGCGACCUCGCUGCCACCCCGAGAUUGGAAGAGACCAGCAUCACGUCCUUGGAGACGCCACUGUCAAAUCAGGACAAGAUGAUGCUGGAGACGCCCCUGCGACUUUCUUUAACCCUCGAGUGCGAUAUGUACGAGAGUGACGUGAUGUUGGACACCUUGUCGGACACCAGCACGUGAUCUCGUCCUGUCGGGAGGUGGAACUGUCGGAGCAACAGGUUGUCAUAUAGGUGCACACAUCCGAGCCCAAGGACGACUAUCAAACCAAAACUUUGACACGUGUCCUCCACCAAAGGUUUCCUGUGGAUUCCCCCUCUUGUGCGUUAGAUAUGGUUGUUUCUGUAAGUGACAAAACAUAGAAAAUGCCAGUGUGAACAUUAUAAAUGUGAGUGAAUUUGUAUACAGCACCUGCUGUACAUCAUAUUAAUUUUGCAAGAAUGCACUUUAAAGGGGGAAUUAACAUGUGCCUUGGUUUAGCGUUGGACCUUGGGUGAAGCCUGAAGACACUGGGAUCAUGUGGCCCCGUGACACUUGAUUGAACAGAGCAAAACACAGCCGCACACCUCGCAUCACAUCUAAAAGACUAACGUCACUUAUUACUGCCUAUGGCAGGAACCCUCCUGUGGAUUUACAAGUUGAAUAAAGAGCCAGCGAAAUACAAAACAUUUCUUGGUAAUUCCUACAAUAAACCAUGCAUUUAUCUUAACAUUUUUUUUAGCAUGUCUGUGUUUUGUGUUGAUCAGAAUAAAGUGGUUGAUUUGUAAAACCCAUGAACACAUGUCGUAAUGGCAAAAGAGCUGGGAAACUUGUAAUAUUAUCCUUCAUUUUCUACCUAUACUCCUUAUUUUCUACCCCUUGUCAUUUUGACAAAUCCUCAUUAAACCUGCUGGAGACAGA